AUGUCUGGAGUCACCGAUAAAGCGAGAUUCUAUCUCGAACGCGCUGUACCGCAAUUGAGAGAGUGGGAGGAGAAGGGAAUUUUCUCAAAGGAGGAGAUUCGCACUAUUGUCCAGAAGCGCAACGACUACGAGCACAAAGUCCUUGCCCCUCGAAACAAACCCUCGGAAUGGUCCUCAUAUGCGCAAUGGGAGCAGUCCCUUGAGUCCCUGCGUACUAAACGCUGCAAGCGCCUCAAGAUCCGACACCUCCAAUCUGCUCAAGCCGGUCAAGGUCGCACAUUAGCGAUCUACGAACGAGGCGUCAACCGACACCCAGGAAGCAGUGCUCUUUGGCGGGAAUAUCUUUCAUACAUUUCAAGCAUCAAGUCAUCCAAGCGAUGGCGCAGGACGAUGACCAAUGCUCUGCGCAUGAUGCCCACCGACCAUACUCUCUGGAUCGUGGCCGGCCGACGAUCAGCUCAGAAUGGCGACAUGGCUGCCGCACGUGGAUUCUUCAUGAGAGGUUGCCGCUUCUGCACAACAAGCCCAUCGCUUUGGAUCGAGUAUGCUCGCACGGAAAUGGAGUGGCUUCAGAAGCUCGACAAGAGAAAGGAGACAUCAAAGCCUGGUCACGAUGUGCUCCGACCCGAACGUGAGGAAGAUGGAGAUGAGCUUCGUAUUGAUAGCGACGACGAAGAGGACGAUGGUGAUCUUCCUGAGCCAUCGAUUGCGCAGUCCAAGGCUAUUGAUAAGCAAUCUGCGCAGCAGCUGAAGUCCAACCCCGCCAUGGAUGGUGCUAUUCCUAUGGCUAUUUUCGAUAUCUCGAAGAAGCAGGGCUUCUUCAAUGCCAACACUGCAGAGAUGUUCUUCGAAGUUUUCGCCUCUUUCACAAAGCUCUCAUCCCAGCCCAGAAUAUUGCAGCAUGUUCUCGCUGUUUUGGACCAGGAGUACCCCAACCAUCCCGCUACUUGCAAUGUUCAUAUUCGCCAGCCUAUUAUGGGAGUCAGCCCCGAGACUGCAGAGUUCCCCAAGAACCUCAGGGAGGUACUGGCACGCUUGAACAAGUACAUGGAGACUACAACGGACCGUGCGGAAUUGAGGAAGAAGACUGUUGCAUGGAUUGACGAGUACCUGGCGUUGGUCACUUUGGAUGAGGGUAUUCGGGCAGUUCUGGAGCAUACCAAGAAGAAGAUGGAAGCGAUCUAA